CUCCCCCUUAAUACCCCACUGGCAACCUUCCCCCUCCUCUAAUGACCCGCUAACCUGAACCCUCCUCUCUGACUCCCCUUUCACCUACUGCCCCCCUCCUAAACACUCUGUUAGUGUGCCUUCCCCAUACCGGUCUGCUCUCCCGGUCUCUGCCGCCGAUAUGUGGGACUUACAGCGGGGCUGGAACCUGUCUUUCGCCGGCUGCGGGUUCCUGGGGGUGUACCAUGUGGGGGUGUCCAGCUGCCUGCAGGAGAGAGCCCCCCGACUCAUCACAGAGGCCACCAAGAUCUAUGGGGCAUCGGCGGGGGCCCUGAACGCGGCCGCCCUGGUCUGUGACUGCUGCCUGGCUGAGUGUUGCUCUGAUGUCAUGGAAGUCGCCAAAGAAGCCAGAAAACGGAAUCUGGGUCCGCUACACCCUUCAUUUAAUUUGGUGAAGAUCUUAAAGAAUGGACUGUAUCGAAACCUGCCUGCAAACGCCCAUGAGCUGGCAUCGGGCAGGCUGUGUAUCUCACUCACACGGGUCAGUGAUGGGGAGAACGUGCUGGUAUCGGACUUCAACUCCAAAGAGGAACUAAUCCAGGCAUUAAUCUGCAGUGCCUUUGUACCUAUUUACUGUGGGCUCAUUCCCCCAACUUUCAGAGGAGUGCGUUAUGUUGAUGGUGGCAUUAGCAACAACUUGCCUGAGUACGACUUAAAAAACACAAUCACUGUGUCUCCAUUCUCCGGGGAAUCCGAUAUCUGCCCGAGGGACAACUCUGCCAACUUUCACGAGCUGAGAGUGACCAAUACGAGUAUUCAGUUCAGUUUGGCGAAUCUCUACCGCUUAACACGCGCACUCUUUCCACCCGAACCCAAAGUCCUUGGAGAGCUGUGUCAGCAGGGAUACAAUGAUGCCCUGAGGUUCCUACAAAGAAACAAUCUCUUAAGCACGCCGCCAUCUCCUACUACUGAUGUGCCGUUGCAAGAGCCUGAGACCUUAACACCAUCCCGCUGCUCGAGCCCAGACUGCAGGGUGCCCCCCAAGGCAGAGGAGAAAAAGGAUACGGAGACAAAACAGCUGGUAAAAUCCACACCAUGGCCCCUGGAUAAGAAAAUUAUUGAGAAGCUGCCACCUCGUCUGCUUAAAGCGCUGCAUGAGGCGUGUAAAGAGAAAAGCGGGCUAUAUCACCAGAUAUCCGGCCUCCUGCCUCUGCGGGUCGCUUCCUACAUGGUCCUACCUUAUACCUUACCCGUGGAAUCAGCAUAUUCUUUAGCAAUGAGGUUAGUGGAAUGGCUUCCUGAUAUACCAGAUGAUGUUCGAUGGAUGCAAGCACAGAUGCUUUCUGUCGCUGGCGCAGUGUAUUAUCAGGCGAGAAAACGUCUGCUUCCUAUCAAAAGACCACCUGCCCACAGUACACUGCGCAAGUGUCUGAGCCUACCUCCUCAGCUUUAUCAAACAUCGUCUUACCUGUCGCCCAAUAACUUCUCUUCCACUGACCUGGAAGGUUGGGUUUUUGAUUUCUCCAGCCCUUCAAGCCAGAGUUAUCUUCUGAAUUCUGAAGAUCACACAAGGGCUCUUACCUUCUCCUCGUGUACAAGCCCCUCUCCAGGCUCUGAAGACUCAGGGGUACAUCUAAGCUUCUCCAGUGAUGACCUGGACUCUUCUUUUAGCCCUUUCUAGGUUUUACUAGAAAAAAAGUAUAAGAAAUGUAAUAAAUAAGUAAAAAAUCUGGUGCUGAAAUGCCCACUGCUUAAUGGGCUGUAAUUGCGAUAUAGUCACAAAUGGUAACUAUACAGAAUUUGCAUUGAUCCCAAUAAUUCAGUGUUGUCUUACAACAGAUACAUUUAGCAAAGAACAUCUACAGUGACAAGCUGAGCGGGACCUUUUUUUUUUUUUUUUAAACAAUAUGAAGGAUUUUCAAAAAUCUGAGAAAGAAACCAUUACUAUGGUCUUUAUACGACAAACAAAAAUCCAACAUUAUUCAUCUAUACCAGAAAAUGGCCAGACCCAACUCUUGAUACCAGAAAAUGGCCAGACCCAGCUCUUGGUGGCCAACAGCUUCCAAUAGCAAACUUGGUGAAAGUUCUAAAGCUUUCCUUUGCUGGUCUCUUUGAAUUGCUGGGUUGGACAUUACUGCUGCUAUCUAAUCUUUCGGGUGCUGCUUCUCAACUCAGUGUUUUUCAGAAAAUGGCUUCCUAAAGGAGAGAGGACCCUUUGGUCACCAGUCCCUCGCUACCUCCUAUGUCUAGUUGGACUUGAAACGAUCUUGGUGUGUUAGAAAUUACAUUCACUUUGUUAAUAUGAGUGAUUGCACCAGCUUCUCAAUUCUGAGACCAAUCCUGAAACGUAUGUUCCAUGUCUUAAUCUCCGAAGCUUUGUUUGAACAAAUGUAAAUAAUAAUGAAUUAAUAUGUUGAUGAUAUUCCGAAUUACCUCACUUGUGUCAAGUAAGCUGGGCUUUUACAAAUAUUGCGUAUAGUUAUUUUUAUAAAACUAGAGUAAACUUCUACACUCCCACAGAAUGAGCAGUUCAGUAAAAUGGGAACCUGUUAAACCAAUUUAGGUCUCACACCACACCAGCACUUUAUAACUUCAGCAAUUCUUGCUUUGUGAGAUAUGGUAAUCACACUCAGGAGACAUACGAUAAGUCUCUGAAAUGGGGCUGAAUACAUUUAAUAAAAUCAAGCUCCGAAUAGUCGUGAUUUUUAAGUCGGAAAUUAAAGUCCAAUGCCUUGCAUUUCAUCCGGAAUGUUUUGGGAGCUUGUCUUCACAUUGGGAUCUAAUACAUUUAAACUUAAUUUGAAGGGAACUGCAAAACCUCAGACUGACAAGUGUGACUUUUAGGUUUUUUUUUCCUCCAAAAAUUUGUGUAAUAUUUUUGUCCUUUUCUUAAUAUGAUAUCUUGGUGCCUCUGUUUCCUUAAAUCUUUUUGUAUUCUUAAAAUAUGUCUAUUCCUAAAAUGCAAUGAUUUAAAAAUCAAACCUUUUUGACAUUGUUGAUCUCAACCAAAAAUAAAUUGAAAGUAUGUAUUUAAA